AUGAGUUUGACUUUAACAUUAUAAAAAUAUAUAGGAGGGUAGGAAUUGGAAUAUUUUGAAAACGUAGUUAGAGAGUCAACGAAAGGAAGAAACGAUAUCACUAAAAUGAUUGAUUCCUUGUAAAAUCGUGUGAAUGCUGAAUAUGAGUAUUCAAAGAAUUUGGAAGAUGGGAUAUCUGAAUUAUUGGUCAAUAAAAAUUCAGCCGACUCUGCAGUCAAUUUAGAGAAAAUAAUAGCUCUGUAUUGUAAUGAAAUAAGGCAAAAGAUUAAAGAGUCGAGGGCCUACGCAUAAUUUAUCAAAGAUUAUAUCAUCAAUUAAUUGAAUUUAUUAGUGAAAGAUUAAAACAUAAAAGUUAGGGGUUUGAUCUCUGACGGUCGAAAGCUGUCCGCAUAAUUAAAACAAGAGAAGACAGAUGUUGAGAAGGUAUAAAAAUUAUAUAGAAUUAUUAGCUCAUAAGCUAAUUAAACUAAAAAAAUAACGAUUAUUUUCAGCAUUAAAUACAGAAGUUUUCUCAAGAGAAUCUGAGUCAGUUGUAGCCGUAGAAGAAAAACGAGAAUACAUUAAAAUCGGACAAGCUGUUUAGAAAUCUCAAAGAGCUCAGAGAAAAACUAAACAGCUAAUAAUCCUCAUAUGAACAAUUCUUAUAAGGAUAUGAACUGAGAAUAUCCAAGAUAAUAGAGGAGUUCUAAACAUAAGAUCAGGACAGAGUAAACUAAUUGAAGACUGUAACGAACUAACUCUUUUAGAAUGAUAGAAUUUUUGAAGUAAUAGCUUCUAAAUUAUAUAUAGAAUUUAAACUAGAUUUAGGGUGAGUAUAGUCUUUAUCGUUUCAAGGAAUAAUAUUUAAAAUCCUUAGUGAUUAAAUUCAAAGAUUAGAAGAGCUUUGUUUAAUGUUCAGUUCUGAAGAUUGAAGAUAAUUGGGUAGAUCGUAUUACUCAUUUUAUAAAUACAAAAUGUUAAAAUAUUUAGUACAAUCGAUAAUUGAUCACACUCAAUAUGGACAUUCUGAAGAAUGACUAUGAGAAAAUUAAUUAUUUGGUGUAAUCUUAGAAUUAGGAUUUGGUUACAAAUAUAUCAUUAUGCUAAGAGAGAAUCCACAAUUAGAUGUAAGAAUUAUGGUCAUCUUAAUAAGUGAAUUUAAAAUCUUUAAUAAAUUUACUAAGUAAUAACUUGAUUGGCAGAUAGAUUUGGGUUUUUGAGUUUUAAUAAUUCAGACUGGAUAAGAAAUUUGAAGUUUGUUAAAUUUCGUAUUAGAAUAUCGUGGAUUUAUUGAAUCAAUUAUUAGAUUUGGUAUCAAGUCAAUUUAAUUAGAUAGUGUAUGGAAGAGUUGGAUGCAUUUACAGUGAGGAAAUUGAUGUUGAUGACUUUUACAUUUUAUAGGAUCGAGAAGACAGAGAAGAUAUUUUUGUAUGAUGGAAUUCAACAUCACUCCAUUUUUGAUAAAAUUGACUUGUGGGAUGCCAUUUUCUUUGAAUGCUUGUAUGAGGAGAUGAAAAAGCAAUAAGACAUGAGGAUUAAUGAGAAUAUCAAUGACUCUAUCGACAGGUCUUUAUUUCAAUGUAUUUUAGGGAGAAAAAUACAAUUUUUGGAUUCUUGGGUUCAUUAAUAGAAAACAUGUUAAGUUUUAGUCCAUCAAAGCAGAAUAUAAGAAUUUUAACAUCAAAGUAUUGUAAAUUGUAUAUGCUCAAUGAUGUUUAAAUCAAAUAGCUUUUAUCUAUCAUUGAUAACUCUAAGUAAUAAUAAAAUUGA